AUGGCUCCGACUCCAUUUAGACUUCAGAAUCUUCGCGGAGAUCGACUAGAGUUUAUCAUUCGUCAAUUGGACUAUGAAUCCAGGUACGUUGUUAUCGACUGUUUGAGUACAUGCCUAGUCCUGGUAGCAUUGUGAUCGGGGACCUUGGGACCGAAUUUCAGAAGAAUCGGAUCAUCCGGUCCCGAGAUAUAGUCAGUCAAAGCCUAAAUCCCAGACUUUUUCGUCCAACUUCAGAUCAGAUGAUCCGACCCAAUCACUGUGAAGCCUUUUUUUCAGACGCAACCUGCGUCAAUGUUCCCGGCGCCUUCAAUUUAUCGUCGACGCCACCAGCUCCAAGUACAAGAGCAUCUCGAUCACGCACCUCGCGGAUUGCGUCGAACUUUGUGUGACUCGACACUCGCAGCCCGUCUACGUCCAGUUCACACACUUUAAAAGAAUCGUUUUGGCCAACUAUUUGGGCGAGGGAAGCGAAGAGGACAACGACAAAACGUGUUCGGAGAGCCUCUUCAUCGAGCUUCAAGGCAUAUUCGCGAGUCGAGACGUGACCAUCGAUCGGCUCACCGUGAACUUGUCGUGUUGUCCGCAAGAGCGUCUCGGCACCGAAGGGGCUACGAUGAGCACACUCAUCGAAAUCUUCACAAUGAUCGCCGAGAGAUCUCUAAACGUCAAGGAGAUUGUCUACUUGUGCCGGCCCCGCCACGAGUUGAUCUCGACCAUUCUCGCGCGGUGCAAGGAGAGAACACUGAAAACGUUGCAAGUCAACACCGCAAUACCGGCCUAUCGGAUGAAAAACGCGUUCAAAUCGCCGCAAUGGGUCUUUCUCGAAAAGUUGAUCUACUUGAACAACGUCGAUUGGCCGAUGGAGGCGAUUUGGGAGCUUCCGCGGGUGCUCGGCGAAUUCGGACCGAAAUCGAUCAAUUACUUGCGGAUCCGUGUGAUUGUUGCGGUGAGUUUUCGUUUCUAGACGCCUAGAAACAUUCGAACCCCUUCAGCACUUGCUCAACUCGGUCAACUUCCUCGAAUUCGUGUUCUACUGGCCACUGAUGACGCAAUUGGAGAUCACGACGCUGUUCAGAUCGCCCGGCACAUCCGAUCCGACGGACCGCGAGGCUAUAACCUUUCCUUUCGAGAACAAGUCUCGCUCGAUGACCGUCUACGCCUGGCCGAAUCGGGUCAAAUUUCUGAAGAAUGGUGCCGAGUCGGUUUUCCGGUUUUUGUGA